UAUCGGUUCUUCCAAACACUUGAAGUAAGCAUGGGUUCCUUGCCCAAUGUGAGCUGUGAUGUCGAUCAACAGCAAGACAUUGAGCACACCAGUCAUGUGGAGAGGACCAGAUGGGUGCUGGAUGCACCUGAGCCGCCUAGUCGUUGGUGUGAGCUCAUGGACAAGUCAUCUUCAUCUUUCAGAGCUAAACUACAACUUCGAUCAGUGGUGGUGUUCUUGGAAGGCCUUUUCCCAAUCCUCAGUUGGGGUCGUAAUUACAAGUUUGAAAAGUUUAAGCAUGAUUUUCUGGCAGGUUUAACUCUUUCCAGCCUUAGCAUUCCACAGAGUAUUGGAUAUGCAAGGUUAGCAAACCUUGAUCCUCAAUAUGGGCUCUACACUAGUGCUGUGCCACCUCUGAUCUAUGGUUUAAUGGGGAGUUCAAGUGAGAUAGCCAUCGGACCAGUGGCAGUGGUUUCACUCCUAUUGUCUUCCAUGAUUCAGAAAGUAGUAGAUCCUGUGGCUGAUCCCAUAACUUAUAGAAAGAUUGUCUUCACCACAACCUUCUUUGCUGGUACCUUUCAAGCUAUGUUUGGACUGUUCAGGUUGGGUUUUCUUGUGGAUUUCCUAUCACAUGCAGCCAUUGUUGGGUUCACUGGGGGUGCAGCAAUCCUCAUAUGUAUGCAACAGUUAAAGGGUCUACUUGGCAUCAGUCACUUUACUACCAAAACUGAUGUAAUCUCUGUCUUAAAAGCAGUUUGGAGAUCAAUCAAUCACGAACAGUGGAGCUCCCUUAAUUUUUUCCUUGGCUGCUCAUUCCUGAUUUUCAUCAUGAUCACUAGAUUCUUGGGUAGAAGGAAUAGAAAACUCUUCUGGUUACCUGCCAUUGCUCCUCUUGUAUCCGUUAUUUUAUCAACUCUAAUAGUUUUCCUAACAAGAGCUGAUAAGAAUGGAGUUCUUAUAGUGAAACACAUUAAAGGAGGCUUGAAUCCAAGUUCAGCUCAGCAAUUAAUGUUCAAAGGACCACAUGUUGGAGAAGCAGCAAAAUUUGGAUUUAUCUCUGCCAUCAUUGCUCUCGUGGAAGCAAUGGCUGUCAGCCGAUCAUUUGCAACCAUAAGGGGUUACCACCUCGAUGGGAAUAAGGAAAUGCUAGCUAUAGGCAUCAUGAACAUUGUGGGUUCUUUAAGUUCAUGCUAUGUGGCAACCGGUUCUUUCUCACGCACAGCAGUUAAUUUCAUGGCGGGCUCUCAAACAGUGGUCUCAAACAUGAUCAUGGCUGUAAUGGUGCUUAUAUCAUUGGAACUAUUCACUAGGCUCCUAUAUUUCACUCCAAUUUCCAUCCUUGCAUCAGUUAUUCUAUCUGCACUUCCUGGACUAAUAGACAUACAUGGAGCUUACCACAUUUGGAAGGUGGAUAAACUAGACUUCCUUGCUUGUAUAGGAGCUUUCUUUGGGGUGGUGUUUGCAUCAGUGGAGAUUGGUCUUUUAGCCGCGGUAAUAAUUUCAUUUGGGAGGAUCUUAUUGUACACAAUUCGACCACGUACAGAAGUCCUUGGAAGGCUCCCAACUACCAAUAUCUUCUGUAGCAUUAGUCAAUAUCCUAGCGUUGUGAAGACUCCUGGCAUCCUUAUAGCCUGCAUACAUGCAUCACUUCUUUGUUUCGCAAAUGCCAAUUAUGUGAGAGAAAGGAUAGUGAAGUGGGUAAUGGAGGAAGAAGAUCAGCAAGGAAAGAAAACAAAAACAAAUGAAAAAGGAAGGAUUCAAGUAGUGAUCCUUGAUUUGUCUAACUUGAUGAACAUCGACACUUCUGGAAUCCAUGCAUUAGAAGAACUACAUAAGAAACUGGUUUCCCAUAGUAUAGAGUUAGCUAUAGUCAACCCAUGGAGCCAAGUUAUUCAAAAGUUAAAGUUGGUCCAGUUUGUUGAGAAGAUUGAAGAACGGGUCUUCCUUACUGUUGAUGAAGCUGUUCAAGCAUUGCCUUUAAAAUACCAAGGACCAAUUGAUGACCUCUCCCCUUAA